AGCCGGAACUGUUAGUUCGGCUGUGGAUUGGAAACUGGAUGGCGAACAUUCUGAUUGAAUUCGUAACAUCUAAAGGUAGCAACAACGUGGAGAUCAGAUGUUGGAGUAAGGCAUUUUGAUAUUCACAUGAAGGUAGUAUAAUGUUGCAACUUUUGAGUGAUUGCAAAAUUGCAUACUGAGUAAUCGUGCAGAAAACAGAAAUUUGUGUCAUCGGUUCUUAGUACACAAGCUUUAGAGUGACAUUGUGUUUUGUUUACAAUAAGAAUCAGAAUUGGAUAGCGAUGGAAGGAGAAUAACCAAUUAUGUUAGUGUGUAUGGUUCGCAGCAGAGUAAGAAUUGGAGUUAAAGAUUUUCAUUCCUCAGAAUGAGAUUGCACUCCUGUCUACUCUACUGGAUCCAGAAAAAGAAGAAUACACCUGACAUUCCACCUUGAAAUGGGAAUCCGAAGAAGUGCCGCAAAUCAGAGGAAGUUCGCUGACACUUCCUCUAAGAAUCGACCAUGUGCAUAGGCAUCCUAGUAUACAUCUGUUCCUUCCGUCGGACUUAUAGCAGGUAAUGUCACCAUUCCGCUUUUAGAUUGUUGUCUUGAACCAUCUCAGGAAAUUCAGCAUCAAGCUUAUCAGAUGAUGCCAAUUCGCUUCAGCAAAUUUUGCAAAACAUUCGAAAGACUUUGAACUUCAGAAAAGCAGCAGCUUCAGAAAGGUUGGAUUGGAUUUUGUUAUAAGUAGUACAAUCUAAUACUAUUCUCUAGUAGAUGAAUUCUUUUAUGUGCAGGGAUAUCCCAGAAGCUGAUGACUGGUGCUUCUUAUCUAGUCUGUGGAAUCUAAUUAAGUACUGUUCUUAACCAUAUAUUUCCAAUUUCCUAUUUAACGAGAUUAAGCGUAGAUCCAGAAUAUGUGAUGUCAGAUAAUCUUUAGUCAUUAUUCUAUUUUCUCGCAUGGAUCUGUUGCAUAAGUAGAGUUCCUCAUGUUGCUUCUGCGGGAGUUUCCUUGUUUCAGAACAAACAAGAUUAAAUCUAGAACAUUAUCUUGCAGAACUGAGAAAGCCCUGCUUUGGUUGGGAGCAGAAUCAGGUGUUUGGUCGACUCUUUUUUUCAUUGUUAAUCUUUCUAUUUAAAUUUUGGUCGAUUUCUUAAAUCUAGUUAGUAGACUAGCAGUAGUUACUAUGGUCCAAUCUAAGCUUAUCUUUCAUGGGUUUUUCUCCUUGUUGCUAUUUAUAAUUAUGUAAAAAAAUUAUGUUAGUAGCUAGAUCGCAUCGUACUUUGAAUUUUCUUACUAUCAAUAAUAUUUGUACCUCUCUAAAUUAGUGUAAAUUGUAUUUUUAUGUUUUUUUGAGUAAAACUAUUUUACUAGUCAAAUUGCUGUGACAAGUAAAAAUACUCACCCUUAGAAUUGAGUUUGUGUGGAGGAUCAUAUCAGGUUCCAAAAAGCAGCUUCGACCUCAUCCCUUGAUCGUCCACAUGUCAACUUAUCAUUCACUCAGACCAUCCGAGGCCACCAUUUCCUCUCCACUCCCCACAGAUAAACAAACACGCGCUUCUCCACCCUCCGAUCACCGGACCAUCACAUCUCAUCCGUCCAAUAACCCCACUAUACGACACUACCCUCCUCUCCCUCUCUUUCUCCCCCCUUAUCCCUUCCUUCGACACUCGUAGAGAGAGAGAGGGAAACGAAGUGCUCAGCAAUGGCCUCUCUCCGCCUCUCCCCGAUCACCAUCCGCUCGAAACCCUCGUCUCCUCCCAUGGCCUCCUCCUCCGCCUCCUCCGCCUCCCCCAUCUCCUCCUCCUCCUUCUCCCUCCGCCGCGUCCCCUCCCUGAAGCUCUCCUUCCCCGGCUCCGGCCCCCUCCGUCGCCGCGGCCGUGGCCGCGGGGCGGCUGGCGCCUCCAUGAUGGACACAGCGGCGUCGAGCUACGCCACGGCGCUCGCCGACGUUGCCAAGUCGAACGGAACCCUAGACGCCACCGUCGCCGACAUGGAGAAGGUCGACCGCGCCUUCUCCGACCCCACCGUCCAAUCCUUCUUCUCCAACCCCACCGUCCCCACCGAGAAGAAGCUGGAGGUCGUCGCCGAGAUCGCCAGGGCCUCGGAUCUCCAGCCCCACACCAUCAGUUUCCUCAACAUCCUCGUCGACAUGCGCCGCAUCGACAUCAUCAAGGAGAUCGUCAAGGAGUUCGAGGCGUGCUACAAUCGGAUUACGGGCACCGAGAUCGCCGUGGUGUCGUCGGUGGUAAAGUUGGAGUCGCAGGACCUGGCGCAGAUCGCCCAGGCGGUGCAGCGGCUCACCGGGGCGAAGAACGUCCGGAUCAAGACCAUGAUCGACCCCUCCCUCAUCGCCGGAUUCACCGUCCGCUACGGGAGCUCCGGCUCAAAGCUCAUUGACAUGAGCGUCAAGAAGCAGCUCGACGAGAUCGCGUCACAGCUCGACUUCUCCUCCAUCGGGCUCGUAUAAUUUCCCAAGAUGCAUAAGCAGCAGCAGCUGAGGAGCUUCACUCGGUAUGCCGUAGUUCGGCUUAUUUUGGCCAUUUAUGUAUCUCCUGGAAUGCUUCCACAUAGGUGCAAGCAUAAAAAGUACAACGAAAAUACCGAUGAAAAAUAGAUACAGCCAAAUGCAAUCUCUGCAUCUUUAACAUGCACGGAAUGGAGAAGAUGCAUUCGUAAACGCAACCUUCGUACCCUACUGAUUAGCUUUGUAUACACUUCUUUUUUCUCUUUUUUUCUUUUUUUACCUUAAUUGUUAUUGCAAACUAGUUGAAGCAUGAAAACUGAGUUAACAUCA